UAUUUGAGUAACGUCCGUCAGCCUCAGAUAUAUAGCAAGGCGUCAAGCCUUGCUAUAUAUCUCGAAUGAGAGGGGAUGAAGGAACUCUUUGCAUGGCAUUCCCAUUUAGUUAGAUCGUGUGCCUUCGAGUAACACUGAGGAAGAUUAUCCCGCAAGUCGGCUAAUCUGGCUGAAUUCUUGGUUGUCAUUUGGUUUACGACGAGUCGUUCACAUGAGCUUCGACACCAUAUAUAGAGCCUCGCACGCCUACCAAGACAAGAUCAGGCUGGGUCCCAGUCGACUUGUAUUGCAACCUUCAGAGUGAUAUAUUGAAUCUGAGGUGGGAUCCACGGUAAACUGGAUCGUUGGCGUUUUGAUGUCAAUGAAUGAAGGUUGAGGUGCAAUCGUUUGUUUGUCUCGUGAUACAGAAGAUCCCUAUGUUCUGCCUCGAACUCCAAGAACAUCUGCAAGACGAAGUACCAGCAACACGACAUCUGAUAAGAGGUGGCUGAAUCUAAUUUCACGCAAUCUAUUCGGAAUUUCUUGUAAAACAAACGCAGAAAAUGACGACUACUUGGUUGAAAGAUUUGGUUUUUAGCAGCAAGUUGUUGGAGAAGGAUGCGUUGACCGUACUGCGAUAUCUGCUAGGAAAGAGUCUUCCCGCUGAAAAGUAUGAGAUUUUUUUGCCUCUUCUUCUGAAACUGGAGGAUGAGAAGAUCACAAAAGAAGACUUCCUGGAAGAAGUGACUGCUCUGAUGGGCUAUAGGGAAUUUGGUUCAAUAGUCUUAGAAUUAUAUCAUUUGAUGGAGGCCAAAUCACACUUCAAGAAGAGUAGACAGUAGAUGACGUGUUGUUCUAUGGGGCAAUCUGCAAACAUUUUAGAAGCUC